GUCAAAAUACCUCUAACUACUGAAUUUGUUGCUCGGAAUAUCUUGUUUGUCGUGUAUUGGCUGCAUGCAUACUUCUUAUUCCUGUAUUUUAUGACUAUAGCAAUCGAAUCUGAACAGGCCGGAUCCGGGGAUUCGCCUUCACAUUGCCGCCGCGGGACAGGCGUGCUGGAGACGGUGUUGUCCUUACGCUAGUCCGGGGACCUGCUCAGCGCUAGGCCGCAGGAGAGUGCGUGCUUCACCGAGGUGCUGUCGGUGAGCUGGGGCUGUUACACGGGGGUAUAUGAGCUGGAUGUAUAAUUGGGAGUUUACUAGGGACUGAAAUCGGCGCUUGGUCUUUUCAAUGUGAUGUUUAAUAGGGACCUGCCAGAAAUGUUUAUACGGUCCCUUGAAUGAAUGAAGAUCCCCUACACCACCUACAGCCAAAGGGGGGAUUCACAGUACAAAGAACGUGAAGUUACACUUUUAAGAAGAAGAAUAUAUCCGCUUCUUACAGUAACAUUAACACCAUUCAAUUUAUUUCUAGAUAAUUAAGACUUUAUAAAAAAAAAUAAACAUUUAGUGACUUUGCUUUUUGAAUAGGAAUUUACAUGUUUAAUUCGCUUUAUAGGACUUUAUAGGGUUAUUCACUAAACUAGGAAAUGUGUAGAAUUGACAAGGGAAUUUUGGUUUGCUCCUUUUUAUCUUUCCAUUUGUGAUUCACAAUUCCCAGUUUAGUGAAUAAACCCCUGAGUAUAGCUCACUGGUGUAAAGCCAGAUAUUCAUUAACAUGUUUCCUUGAGAAUAGUGUCACAAGUGUGGCACAAUUAUCUCCUGCUAUUAUGUAUUAAAGCUCUGAGUGUUCCUUUAAAAUAAAGUAUACAUUGCCUUAUGGUUAACAAGUGGAUGUAUUUUUAGACUAUCGAUGCCUAAGCACAAAUUUAAAUAUUUCAAUACCUGAUUAAUGAUCUUUAAAAAAAAAAUUUUUUGCUGUUAUUAAAGAAGUUGCCAAAGAUAGGUUUACAGUUAUCCUAGAACAAAACUCUAAGCCCCAAAACCUCUUCAAAUUAAUGAUAAGUCCCAGUCCUAUUUCUUGAACAACAUUGAUGCUUUGAUAAUUGGGAAUGUUUACAUCUGGCCAAAAACACGCCUGUGGUGGCCGCCAGACCGCCACUAGAAAUGCUUCCUUCUUCAAGAUCUUCGAUUUUUGAUUGUGGUUACAUAUGGUGUCAUUCAUACACAGCAUGAUAAUGUUGAAUGUGGCAAAUGAUUCUCACAGAAAACCAUUGGAUUCAGUGCUUCUCUGUGAGAAUUAUUUGAUGGACACAUUGUGGGGAUUGCUGUGCAUGCUCUGUAGAGAAGCUUUAGAUUGGACCACAGUUCAUCAGGAUUGAUGAUUUCACUCUGGACAGGUUAAGGUGCAGAGAGAAGAUAUUGUCUGUCAUGAAUAGCAUGUAAGUUUUGUUAAUUACCCUUGGCUACUGGAGAUCAACCUUUGAUCCGCCAUGUGUAUAAUAGAAUACUCCACAGUUGGGAAAUAAAAUUAAUGUAUGCUGUUGGAAAAAUUUAUGUUUUAUCUACAGCUGGGUAACCUUCAUGCUCCUCUCUUUUCUGACAGUCAGUCACUGCUUCCCACAGUUUGACAGUCACCUCCUCCUUUAUAUGUAAUUAUGUAUAUGUAAUUAUUUUUGAUCGCUCUCACUUUCAACUUAGCUUUAUGGCACUAACAUAGUAAAAUAAGCUCCAGUCGUUUAAAAAUUAACCUUGCUAUCCACAUAUUUAUGUAUGACGUCUACUUUUUAAUUUUUAAUUUGUUUUGUAUUUGGUUUAUUUACUUAUCUAUUUAUUUAUUUUUUAGGUGAGAAUACAAUGAGUGAGAGCUCUGGUCUUCAAUAUGUCAGCCCUUAUGCCUUUGAGGCAAUGCAGAAGGUGGACGUGGUACGAUUGGCAGCCUUGAGUGAUCCUGAAUUGAGGCUCCUCCUGCCUUGCUUAGUCCGCAUGGCCUUAUGUGCUCCAGCAGAUCAAAGUCAGAGCUGGGCUCAAGACAAGAAGCUUCUCCUCCGGCUGCUAUCAGGAGUGGAAGCUGUGAAUGCCAUUGUAGCCUUGCUGUCUGUGGAUUUCCAUGCACUUGAGCAGGAUGCCAACAAAGAGCAACAGCUCAGGUGUGACUUUCUUUAUCCAUAAGGGGUAUAUAUUGUAUGGAACCGCCAGUUUACCUAUCAAACCCUUUAAGGCACACUUUACAUUUUAAUAUAUAUUUUUCUUUCUUCAAAAGUGGACCAUGCACAUGACUGAGAAUAGCAUUUUAUAAGAUUUCCUUUAAUGUGUUUGUUAUUGGUAAAAGGGAAAAAUCGUUUCCUUGUUUUUAUUCCAUUCUAAAAUACACACUCUCUCGGCAUUGUUGAUUGCUUAAAGGGAUACUAUAGUGUUUGCAAUACAAACCUGUAUUCCUAACGCUAGAGUUCUCUCCCCACUCCCUUGCGGCCCCCGGCCAAUAAAGGGUUAAAACCCCUUGAAUCACUUUUCCGAUUCUGUUUUGCUGCUGGAUCCAUGCAAGCCUUCAGACUUAUUGACUAAAGUCAGGCUGCAUUGUGAUGCUCAUUUUUGUUUCUGUCAUUUUAAUAUUGAUGAAACACUUUAGGGUCAGAAACACAAACAUAUAUUCCUGACCCUAUAGUGUUAAAACCACCAUCUAGCCGCCCCUCUCCCAUUUUCUCCCUAAAUAUAGUAAAAUCUUACUUGUAUUCAAGUCUGCAGCUGAUGCUUCUGCCACUGCUUUUGCUUGCUUACAGCUGACAUGCUCAGAAGUGAUUCUGUGAGCCAAUUACAACACUUUCCCUUAGGAUUGGUGGAGACUUUCAAGGGGGAAGAUCAGGGGCAGAGCCAGUAUAAGUCAAACACAGCCCUAGUGAAUCAGCAUCUCCUCAUAGAGAUGAAUUGAAUCAAUGCAUCUCUAUUAGGAGAGUUCAGUGUCUGCUUGCAGAGGGCGGAGACACUGAAUGGCAGUUCUGCACAGUGUGCAGCACUGCCUCAGGAAGCAUCUGUAAUAGCCAUCUGAGGAGUGGCCAGUGGAGGUAUCACUAGGCUGUAAUGUCAACUGCAUUUUCUCUGAAAAGACAGUGUUUAUGCAAAAAAACUGAACGUAAUGAUUCUACUCAACAGAAAAAUACAAUAAGCUGCAUUUGUUCUGGUGAUUAUUCGUGCAAUAAUUCAGUGUCUCCAUUGCAAAGAGUGGAGAAAAUGAUUGGCAGGGCCCCAGGAAACACCUCUAGUAGCCAUCUCAGGAGUGGGCAGUAGUGGUAACCCUAGGCUAUAAUGUAAACAUUGGCUUUUCUCUAAAAAGACAGUGAUUACUGCAAAAUGCCUGAAUUGACUAACUAUACUCAGCAGAACAAAUAUAUUAAGCUGUUCUGCUGACUGUAGUGUCACUUUGAGGUCAGAGUAGUUGAAUGAAAAGCAUAACUACUUAGAGAAAUUGUCCAGUUCAGCCAUUUUGGCAUUGUACUUGAAAUUCACCUUGAAUUUUCAUUUUAGUGAAUAACCCCAAUAAUUUGUUCUUCCUUUUUUUUAUUUUUUUUAUUUUUAUCAACAUUGCUCUCUGUUUUCUAGAUACUGCUGCCUGUGUGUUCUAGAAGCAAUUUAAAAAUGCGAGGAGGCCUCAGUGUUUCUUUUUAUUGUAUCCAUAUAACUUGAUUGUAAUAAAUUACAAUUUGUUAAUCUUUGUCUAGGCACAAACUUGGAGGUGGCAGUGGAGAAAGCAUAUUGGUAUCACAACUUCAGCAUGGUCUGACGCUGGAAUUUGAACACAGUGACUCUCCUCGACGCUUGCGUCUUGUUCUUAGUGAACUCUUGGCCAUAAUGAAUAAGGUAUUCAUGCCAUGCCAUGUUUGUGCACAAAAUCAGCGUAACCAACGGCAUAUAAACUUAGAAAUGUAUGUAUGGGACUUUUGGACCUGUUGGCUUUGGUUAAAAUAACAUACCGCAGUGUUACGGAAAUAGGAGGCCUUUAUCAAGGACUACUGAUAUGUUAUUGCAUAACUAUUGUGCAUUAUAGUUGUAUUACAUUUUGGACUAUGUGUUAUAUGAUUCACUAUGUGAUUUGUACUCCAUUGCAUCUAGAGUGCAACAAAAACUGUCUUGUCUGGGUAUCAGAUUAUAGUCCAGUGUUCUGUUAGUUGUCACUUGUCAGUAGGUUAAUCUGAAAACCUUAUUGAGUUUAAUACAGAGUUCCAUGUUUUAAUUUAUAAGGUUGCAGACUCCAAUGGAGAUUUUUUUGUCAAGUCAUGUGAACUAUUUGAAAGCCCAGUGCACAUGGAGGAAGCAGCAGAUGUUCUUUGCAUCUUACAAGCAGGUACUAAAACACAUUGUCACAAAAUAUACAUUGUAAAGGCUUUUGCAGUAUUUUCCAACACUUUAAUAUGCAACGCUGCAUAUCUUUCAGAGGCUUAUGGAUUAUAUUAAAUAUAUGUAUAGUUUACUUGAAUAAAUAAAAAUACAUGUUGUGGCUGUCCACUAAGAGUUAGGAGUCAUUUGUCUAGAUAAGUGGCUCUUCAGUUAUAUGACGUGGAUUCGAAUUUCGUACAUUACAUCAAUGUAGCUAUCCAUUCUUCAGUUGUACACAUUCUCCAAUGCAGUGCGUGCCCUGACUGUGUUCAUAUUGAGCUGGAUUGUGAUGUUAUUUGCCAUAUCUUUAAUGAACAUUUAAAGUUUUAUAGGUUAUUUUCAUUGUUCAGUAAUUGGCAGAGAAUAGUAAUGGGUAAUAUUUACAACAAGUUACUACAAGGUGUGUUUGUAAUCAGAAGAUCUGCUUUCUGUGUACUGGUAAUGCCAACCCACAUUGUUAUUUAUUAUUGAUAUUUUAACUAAUGCAGAAAAUCCAUUUAUGUAGACCAUUAGUUUAUGACUUAUAAUGUUUCCAUUCCACUGUGCUAUUUGCAGAAUUACACACCCUUUUGCCAAUCACCAGCAUGGCAGAAGCUCUUCUUCAUGUUCGAAAUGGGGCCUGGUUCCUUUGCCUACUUGUUGCAAAUGUCCCUGACAGUUUUAAUGAAGGUAUGUAUUUAUUUAUUUAUUUGUCUUUAUUAACAAGAUGAUUUUGUAACCAGGCAGAAUUCUGUUUGCAUUUGUACACUUUGUUCUGCGGUGCUCAGUGCACAUCUGUAAAUAUCAAAUUAUUUAUCGGUCCCAUUUAUUUAAAUAGAGCUUUGCUUUAUAUAGGUUCCCAAAUACAACUAACAGGGACAUGUGUAAAUGGAUUGUUGCAAAUGUCCCUGACAGUACUCUAUACAUUAAAACUCCUUAUUUUAAGUCUGCAGAAGCUUGAUAAAGAAUGGAGAGCGUCAGGAUGAGGAGAGUGUUGGAGGAAGACGUAGAACUGAAGCAUUGCGCCAGCUUUGCAAGAUGAACCCAUCUCAGGCCCUCAAAGUGCGAGGCAUGGUGGUAAGAAGCUAUUAACCUACUGUCCAAUAAUGGAAAGAGAGAAAAGGUUAACUUUUACUAGUUUUUGAUUUCUGCCAGCACUAGUACAUUGACACUAGGGGGCAAAUAAAUCUUGGACAUCAAAGUGAUGCAUCAAACACAGAACAAAAUUUUAUGUUUUCUGAAUAUACAUCUUGUGCUGCCUAGCUACAUCAUUGCAUAAUACUAGAUUUAUUAGGAUGAUCUGUGAAAAUCUACCCAUAUAUUGCACUGAAAUUCAACAUAAAUUCAAUAUAUACUUAAAGCAAGGUAAGUGAGGUAUACAUAAGACAGUAAUAAAAAAGUAGUCAGACAGUGGCAAAAUGGGUAAAAGCAGGAAUAUUGAUUAUCUUGUGCCUGCCUUGCUGUGUCUUCUAGGACUUCAUAGGUCUUUAUUACAAAUACAAACAACAUGUAUGAAAGGCUUGAAGAACUGUACAUCCGUUUUUUUGUGAGUCCCUUUUACAGGAUUGCAUUAGUAUCAUUUUGGAAAAACCUCCCAGGUUUACCAUAUGUUUCUCCCAAAACAUUGUUCAGGUAGAAGAAUGUCAUCUCCCAGGACUUGGAGUGGCAUUAACACUGGACCAUACCAAAACCGAGGCUGGUGAAGAUGGAGUGAGCAACAUGGUUUGUUUUGUGAGUGGACUGCUUCUUGGGACAAAUGCAAAAGUGCGCACUUGGUUUGGAACUUUUAUCCGGAAUGGCCAACUGGUAAAAAGCUAAAUUAUUUUUUAUAUCUCAUUUCCAAGCAAGAUAGUAGCUACUUUUGAUUUUUUUUUCUUCUUUUUUCUUCAUUACCGUCUUUAUUAACAGUACAUGAUAAACAAAUCUGGAUGUAUUUUGUAAGCAUGUAGAUCCAUGCCUCUAUGUUUACAAAAUGAAAAAUAACUGCAUUAUAAAAAAAAGCACUGUUGGAGCAAUGUGCCACUCUGCUGUAUUCCCAGUGUGAGUUUACCAAUGUACUAGUUGUGCGAUGGUUUAUGUGCCACUUAAUUCAUGUAUAAGUGAUACAAUAGCGUUCUGCCAAUGCAUUUCGUACCUACACAGAAUUUGCAAUUCCUUCUCCCACUUUUUUUCCCUUUCUUGUUGUAUCUUAUGUACUCACUCUAGUUACUGUAUAUUUGAACUUGGGUUCACUAACAAAGUACCUAAUUUCAUUAAAGGGUUAUGUUUACCAGUAUAUGUUUACAACUUUUAGAAUAUUGAACGUGUGAUGUUCAACUACUGUAACUUUACUGAUGAUUUAUAAUCUAAAAUCUUAUGUGAAAGAAUGUAAGCAUUGAACUAUAUGCCUUCUACAUAUGAACCUUGAGUCUCAAUAAAAAUUUAAUUUGAAAAAAAAAAGAAACUAAAAAUAACAAACUGAAUUAUUAUAGAACGAUGCACACCGUAUGUAGUUCUGAUAUUGGCAGCUUUGUUUUCCCUGUCACUAGUGACAUUAUACUUUACCGUGCACCACUCCAAAGCUAUGACAUUGCUUUAUAGGUGGGGGAAAUUUAAGUUUUUAUCACUUAAUCCAUAGUUGCAACUCUCUGUAAUAUACACAUAUUUGACAACUUAGUCCUCGAUUGAAUAUUGUUGGAUAAACUUGCCAAAUGAUUUAAUAUUUUUGGAUAUUUUUUUUCUCAACAUAUUAAAGCAGUACUAUCACUGUCUGUGAACUUUGACAAAUUUGCUAAGUCCACCCACAGUGACAUCGCUGUUGUUGGUUCUGUAAAGGGGAGGGGGACACAGGUAAAGGUGAGAUUACUUACCUGAACCUGUAUUUCAUGGGCACUGCUAUCUUUCUCGCUCUGCUCUGAAAUUACAGCAUUGAGGUCUGUGGUUUCUCUGGGGAUUCUCCAUAGAUUUUGCCAAUUCUCUGCAGUUGUCACUGGUGACAGUGCUGAUUUAAAGUAUCAAUAAAUAUAUGUAAAAUAAUGUAUUAAAACAUUGUUCAUAAUAUUAAUUCAUAUUAAAAGUUGAUCCAAAAAUAUGAAAUAAUUUGAAAAACUUAUCAAAAAUAUGAAAUCGAGGUGUUUGGGGUGAUUUUAAAGUAGAUGCAUCAUCUGCAAAUCUGAUCUGUGCUUGAAAAUGUAUCCUCCGCAACAAUGCAAUGUUUUUAUAUAUAAUGUUCUAGCUAAAUAGAGGGCUUUUUUAAAGUUGAAAAUGGUAGUCAAUUGCAGUUUAAUUUUCUCUCACCGAGCAUGCAGAUUAAUUAAUUAUAAUUAAUUAUUAUAAUAGAUUAAUUACUAUAAUAGUUAAGUGCACAAUAGAUAUUCUAGUAUUUACUCUGCCUUUAAUACAUGCCUGUGGUCGUUUUUAGAGAAGAAAGGAAAACAGCAGUUCGGUGCUAUGGCAAAUGAGAAGGCAGCUUCUGUUGGAAUUAAUGGGGAUCCUACCAUCAGCUAAGAGUACAGAAGCAGACUCUAAUGCACAGUCUGGGCCAUCUUUUUAUUCAGGACUGAAGGAAGAACAUGUAGUAAAAGCCAGUGCUCUUUUGCGUCUAUACUGUGCCUUAAUGGGAAUUGCUGGCCUUAAGUAAGUAAAAGUGUUUUUCGUUUUAACCUCUUCUUGCAAGAAAAAAAACUAAGUAGAACUUUAAAGGACCACUAUAGGCACCCAGACCACUUCAGCUUAAUGAGGUGGUCUGGGUGCCAGGUCCACCUAGGAGUAACCCUUUCUGCUGUAAACAUAGCAGUUUCAGAGAAACUGCUAUGUUUACAAAUGGGUUAAUCCAGCCUCUAGUGGCUGUCUCAUUAACAGCCACUAGAGGCGCUUCCGCGCUUCUCACUGUGAUUUUCACGGUGAGAAGACGCCAGCGUCCAUAGGAAAGCAUUUUUAAUGCUUUCCUAUGAGACUGGCUGAAUGCGCGCGGGGCUCUUGCCGUGCAUGCGCAUUCAGCCGAUGACGGGGAAUGGUGGAGGACAGUUCCCUGCGCUGAGGGAGCCAGGUGCUGGAAAAAAGAUAAGAUUUAACCCCUUCCACCACCUAGAGCCCGGCGGGAGGGGGGACCCUGAGGGUGGGGGCACCCUCAGGGCACUAUAGAGCCAGGAAAACGAGUAUGGUUUUUCUGGCACUAUAGUGGUCCUUUAAAUGUCAAAAUGAAUAACUGGCUUAAAGAGAGCUGACCCAUUUUUCUAAUUAUUAUAAAGAUAAUAAAAUACAUUUUAUUCAAAAACAGUACAUUCAAAAUAAUAAAGAAACACAUACUUAUAGAGGCCAAGUGCCAAUUAUAAUGACUGAAUUAGUUAUGCUGCUUUAAAACUAUGUUAAAGAGAGCCUGUUAUGAGGUCACAGCAAUAAAUUAUAUCUUUCAUUUCUGAUUCAACCCACUUGUUCCUGCACACAUUUGCCUUCCUCAAAUGUGGCUAACCCUGUUUGGGAGCACUUCUCCAAGCAAAUCAUACUUCAUCCCUAAAUCUGGCUUUUUUUUUUUCCAGCAUAUUUCAAUGCGAAAUCCUAUAUUCCUGUAGAAAAGCAAAACACAUGCUCGUCUAUAGAAAAGUUAAUCUGCUCUUCCCUGUCUCUCAGUUCUUGGCAUACAGGGCUAUGCCAUCACAAAUGAACAAUUCUGCUUGCAUUGUAUAUAGAUACAUUUUUAUGAAGUCCAAUUUAAAAAAAACUUGUGUGUGUUAGGACAGGAACAAUUUUAAGUAUCUUAUUAUCAUUAUAUGUGAGCUAGCUUAUUUCCAUUUGCUUUAACGUAUUAACCUCUGCCUUAUCUUUUUUUCUUUUCAGUGGCCACUAAUGAUUUAUUAAUACAAAUACAUUCACUAUAUUUAUUUAAUAAUUACAGGCCAACAGAUGAAGAAGCAGAGCAAGUGCUUCAGCUGAUGACAAGCCGUCCACCAGCUACUCCUGCAGGCGUGCGCUUUGUGUCUCUCUCUUUCUGUAUGCUAUUGGCUUUCUCCACUCUAGUGAGGUUAGUUUUUUAAGCCGACAGUUCUAUUUAUCAUAUACAAACUUCCAGGCACACCCAAUGGUUUCUUUAAAAGGCAGUCUUUAUUUUGAAACAAGUCUCAUAUAGGAGCCAAAAUGUUGUCACUGCAUUUUGUUUUAAAAUAAAGACUGCCUCUUGAAGAAACCAUUGGGUGUGCUUGGACAUUUGUAUAUGUUUCCAGUAAAUUUUGUGGGGAAUUUGCCCUCCGUAUCUGGAGCACACUGGUGGAAGUAAUUCUUUGCAGUGCGUGCAGUGCUCACUUUUAUGUGCACAGUACUAUUUAUCAUUAAAAUAGGAACACUGCAUCUUAACUUAAGGACCUUAAAAUAAAGCAAUUUUUAUUGGCUGCAUUCCAAGUUCAUUACAUUACAGGUCUGGAUACUCUCCUUAAAGAAACACUCUAGCGUUAGAAAUACAAACAUGAAUGCCUAAUGUUAGUUUUAUCCACUAAUUAGAUAGCUUUCCCUUAGGAAACUAAACAAAUAUGCUUUACUUACCUUGCAUUCCGCUGUGUGCCAGUGUUACCAUGGCUGCGACUCCUCUCCCGGCUGAGCUAAUCAUUAUAGAUGAUCUCAGCCAAACCUAUGCUUCCUAAUAGGGAAGCAUUGGGGCAGAGUGCACGUGCACAGAAAUUGCUGCUACACGCCAAUUAAUCUCCUUAUAGCAGGGGUUCCCAAUUAAUAUUUCCCGUGGAACCCUUUGACAUAGUAGACCAACAUCUUGGAACCCCCCUCCCCGCCCUCCCCCCCACCCCCCCCAAAAAAUAAUUUGCGCCGUAACACAAACCUUUUAAUAAAUGGCUUUAUUAAAAAAGGCAAUGUAUUGGGGGCGGGGUCUGACAACCAAGAUGGCUGGACGUGUUCUGUGAAGACUCCGGCACAAUACAGCUAUAUACAAGCCUGUAUCGCUCAAUUCUGCUUGGGAGGCAACUUCCCACAACUAUAAUCCAGCCUGGCUCUGAGCAGGAACAAGCAGGUACCUGAUUUGACCCGUAAAAUCGAGUCUUUGUGGCGUCCAGCUAUGUGGUCUAGCCUGGUAUGCAGCCUGGUGCCUGGGGGAGGCAGCCGAUCUUCCGACAUGGGGCAUGCUUCCAACACCACUCGUAAAGCAGCCCUGCAACCCUCCCUCCCCCCCCCACCUCUGGACUGGUGGGGGAUAUCCCGGUCCCCGCUGGGGAAACUCACCUAUUCACUGCAGCAGUAUUCCCCGCAGUGCCACCGACCGCAUGGCGGUCUCAAGAUGGCUGCUGCAUCACAACACUCCCAUCCCCAAGAGAGCAUACCUACUAUGACCUGGAGGGAGUGCUUCAACAUUAAAUUCGACAAAAUAUGCGAGGAGUUCUGGGAGCGCAUCUCCAACAUAUCUCCCACCACUGCACUGCGUGAAAUGCCCAAAACAUAUGAUGCCGAGCCAGUCCAGCCUAGGGCCCGCAUGGGGGCAUGCUUAAUUAGAUGCCCUUGACCCAGACUGGUCCCCAGAUAUCGGAGGAUCCACGUGACCCGGGACCCUGACAGGAGAAGAUGGAGUGCCCGCAGAAACGCAUCAAUGAAGACCCACCGAGCCUGGGCUUUGAAGGCAUCACAAGCUUACAUGAGGAGGAGAACCCCAGACCACAUGGCAGCUGAGCAACAUGCUCUUCGGGAGAAGCAGAGCGAGGAUCCAAUACACAGAGGACCACACACAGCACCCCGGCACGUACCUUGGCUGGGACGGCGGGACAACAAUGAGUCAGCAACGAACACAAGCAGCUCCCGGUAUCUCCACAUCAUGCCGAACUGUGUCCUACCCCCUGAAGGCAUUGGUUAGGGUGGGAACUGUGAAGGGACUCUCUGGGAAUCACUGUCCUUUAUCUUGUCUCCUUCUCUCAUCCAUUAGUCAUGGACAGCAAAGUCCCCUCAUCUUUAUAACUCCUAACAGGGAGUUUUUUUUAAUAUAUUUCCCUUGAUUUUCACUUUAUCUUUGUCUACUCGAUGCAGUUACCAUGGGGUGGCCUACUGAGCGGUUACAACUGUUAAUCACUCGACUGUUUUAUUUAGCAAGUUCUAGCAUGUUUACGCUCAGCAAGUAAUUUCAUACUCACUGCUUUAGAUCGGCUUGUCUAACUAGCCUUACUGGCAGUCAGCCUGUAAAAAUUUUCAGGAUUCAGCAGUUUUAUUUCUCAUCUUAGAGAUCUAUCACAAAUGGCUAGCUUGUGUUUCUUGAGUAUUAUUUUAUCUUUUAAAAUGUACAUCUUAAUUAGACAUUCAGAGAUCUAAUCAUCAGUUUGUAAUAGCUUAUUUUGUUUUACACCAAAUGUCACUGUCUAAUUGAAUAUGCUUCUCUGCACACCUAAAAUACAGAAUAUAAAAGAUAGAUGAUAAUAUAGUAUAGUGUCAUACUGGCAGUGUUUUGCUAACUGUUCUCAGCUGUUCUACUCCAUGAACAAUAUAGACCUAUAAAGUUAGCAUGAGAAUGUUUGGCUAAUAUCUAGUCUGUUAAUUGUACAUGCACCUCCUGUAAAUCCUAAGGGGAAGGUCUCCUAACUACCCAACCGAUACCCCGAUACAUGCUCUUGUUUAGCAAUCUACAGAGGAUGAAUGUCUUUCAUGUGCGUCCAGCAUGUUUAAUACCGACACAGUCUUGUAUUAUAUUAUGAUUUUAGUGUAAGUUACCUAACCUGGCAAGUCUCCUAACCAAACUCACCAAUAUAUGCCUAUACCAUGAUUUUUGGCUGGAUAGACCUACCUAGUGAUUGUACUACCCUGUUCAUAACAAACAAAAAUUGUGCAUGCCUUAUCCAAUGUUUCACGAAGCCUGAGGAUUGCCGUUGGGGUACUUCAGGCCUGUUUGUAGUAAUAUGCACUGCUAAAAAAAAAAAGCCAAUGUAUUUAUCUUUGUACUCUGCAUGGUUUUGCUCAAAAUGACAAUAUUUGGCACUUGUGAAUCCAAUUGAUAAGUAGCUGUCAUCAUAUUUUCUUUUCUUUGUUUGAGAAGACGAUUGGGUAGCAUUGAGUGUUUUUUAAUUUUUUCACGGAACACCGGUUGGGAAAUGCUUCCUUAUAGAAAUAAAUUGACUCAAAGAUUGCAGGACCGAAGCAGAAGGCCCCUCUAGAAGUGCUCAUAGGAGGCAAUGUAAACAUUGAAGUGUUUGCAUUGCAAAGACUGCAUGCACAUUCUUGUUCUUUCACCAGAAAAAAUUUAAGCUGUAGUGCCUCUGGUAUAUUAAGGUUAAGUAUUACAUGUUGUUUAAAUGUUAAAUAGCCAUUAGUACCCCCCACCCUGCCAACCAAAAAUAUAUAAUUACAUUUUUUUCAACAUAUGUUAUUUUGCAGCACACCAGAACAAGAACAGCUGAUGUUGUUGUGGUUAAACUGGAUGAUAAAAGAGGAGGCUUAUUUUGAAAGGUGAGUUUGUUUUAUUGUAUUCUAAAUCGUACAGAUCGUGUGUGUGUGUGUGUGUGUGUAUGUAUAUAUAUAUGUAUGUGUGUGUGUAUAUAUAUAUAUAUUAAGAGGCGUUUUUCCUUCUCUUCUGAAUGAUUUUUUUGUUUUUGUAUUUUUUACAGUACUGCUGGUGUGUCUGCAUCAUUUGGAGAGAUGCUGCUAUUGGUUGCUAUGUAUUUUCAUAGCAAUCAGCUCAGUGCCAUCAUUGAUUUGGUCUGUUCUACUCUUGGAAUGAAGGUGACUGAAAGUCCAUGAAUGCUUUAGAAUAGGGGAGGCAGGUUUUUUUUUUCCCUCUUGUGAUAGUGACAUAUGUCCAUUUAUAUUCUAAAGAAUAAAGGGGACAGUAAGUUUCUGAUGCUUGAGAUGUAUUUGUGAAAUGGAGACGGCAUCUCAAACAACCACAUAGUCAGAGAUAGGAUGGAUAAACAUAAAGAUGGGAGUAGCACCCUGAAAUGUCCUCAAAUAUCCAGUAAAUAGCGUGGGGGACACGAGACAGCUUGAAUAAAUGUGAGUGUUCCUAUAUUUAUUUACUCAUCAGGCCUGUGGUACUAAUACAUCGUACACUAUAUUGGUGUCUAUUGUGUUUAUUUUACAUACAAAAGAUACACAGCAUAUACUUGGGUGGGGAUUAUACCGCCCAGGUGCACAGAAGUAGAGCUAACUGAUAGCUCUUUAUUUAUACUCCCACUUAUAUUUUACAUACUACACUAUAUACUCCUCCUUUUGUUCCUUUUUCAUAAUGCCUAUAUUUCAAGACAUUUCACGGUGUUACUCCCACCUUUUAUGUAUACAUAAAGGUGUGAGUACACUUACUGCACACUUAAAGGGUAACUGUUCACUUUGGUAGUGUCAGGAUUUUACCUGAGGUGGGAGUCUGUAGCGCAGAUAUAUUUUCUCACCCUUGCAGAUUGACAAAGUCCAAGGUGAGUAGGUAAGAAGCCACCUGGACUGUGAAUCUGUGCACGGGGGCUGUGCAGGAAAGGUGAUUCCAAUGCAGUACUGACAAGGACACAAACAGCAGGAUAGUCAAGGGAUAGCCGAAGUCAAAGGAUGCCUGAGGUCAGGAUAAACAAAGUCAGAAGCCUGGGUCAAUAUGGAGUACAAGUUCAGGAGACUUGAAAACAGUAACUGAACACAUAUACCAGGAUCAAAGACUUGAUAAAGUUCCAAGGGCGAAGCAGUGCUUAUAUACCCAGCUGAUUACUGAUCUGUCUCAGGUGAAGCACAGGCAAUGACCACAGAAGAAAUUCAGCCCCCAGUGCUGCAGACAUAGUCAGGCAGAACAGGGCUAGAAAUACUCCAAGGAAUAGGAACUGCUGUGGCUUAAAGGCAGUCUGGAUGUCACGGUGAGAAGCAUGACAGGUAGAAUAAAAUCUAUUCCUGAAAGUAUAAAGCGUUAAUACCAUAAAUUAUCUGAAAUAAAUUAAAAUAGACACUUUCAAACCUUGCACAGCUGUAUUUGGAAACAUUACUUUUGUAGGUGCUUCUUCAAUGUAUUAUAUUGUAAGACAACAGCUUCAUUAAGCUGAGGUUUAUUUUCAGAAUAUAGCAGUGGAUGUGGCUAUGGUGCCAGGAUUUCACUGGCAUUUUCUUCUAAUGGUCUGUCACUUAUCUCAAUCCAGCACCUCACAGAUAUCACCAAAGCUGAAUUUCCUCCUUCUGCAUUGGCAAUAUAACUUCUAUUCAUCUGAUGAACUAAUUGAUUGGCUGAGAGUGCUCGGCCAAUGAAUUUUGUCUUUAGUGGCAUAAAAUUGAUAUAUAUAAUGCAGAAGGGGAGUACCAAUUUAGCAAUUUCAGUGAAAAAAGUAACUAUCCCAUUUAUGUAUUAUCUAUUAUUGCUACUGCAUAUUUUCUUUCCCCCCCAGAUUGUGAUUAAAUCGAACUCUCUUAGUAGAAUGAAGACAAUUUUCACUCAGGAGAUAUUUACAGAACAGGUGAGGACUCACAUUUUAUAUUACGUGGGAACAAGUUGUGUUUUUUUUCUUUCACCCAGCCCCCACUCCUUUUGAUUGUAUAUUGGUGGUUGACUGUACAUUUGAAACUAUUCUAUUAUAUGUAAAUAUUGAAGGGCUAUUUCCUCUCUCCCCCCCCACCCUCCAGGUUGUUACAGCACAUGCAGUUCGAGUACCUGUAACAAGCAACCUGAGUGCUAACAUCACUGGAUUUCUACCCAUUCACUGUAUAUACCAGCUUUUGAGAAGCAGAGCAUUCACAAAGCAUAAAGUGUCUAUCAAGGUAAAAAGGCUUGUAUGACAAUUGUAAUACACACUUUUAAAACCUGCAAAACACCUUCAUAAGACUUUGCCAAUAUUGGCCUUGGUGUUAAUAUUUUUGGAUAAGCUUUUCAGCUGAUUUAAUAUUUCUGGAUACACUUUUAAAAUGAUGUAAUAUUUUGGCAUUUGGAAAGACCGUUUUUUUAGAUAUAGAGAUAUAAUGAAGAAUAACAAAAUAAAAGGAAAAGUACACUCUCUGCAUACAUAUGCCCAACUUAACACAUCUAACACAAUACCACUGGGUAAGAUAAGAUUUAGGCUGCCAGACUGGACUCUACUGAUUAUUGACUGUGUAAGUAGAGUAAAUAAAACUAAAAUUGAACAGCUUAAAAAAGGUGCUUAAGAAAAUCAAAUUGAACCGUGCAAAGCUCUUAGGCCCCAACAUCCUUCAUCCAAUUCCAAUGCGAAGCUAUUCUGUCUGUGAAAAUACUACAGUCCCCAGCUUAAGUCCACUCCACCAGCCUCAGGCAACAACUAGAGCCUGUAACCAAUACCCACAGACCUGGCCACAUGUAGCGGGAUCCGUCCUUGCGCUCUUGAUCACAUUGAACUGAAGCCCUCUGCGUGUGGGCUCUACUGACGGGAUGAUACCCCAAAGAUUCCAAGCCCAGAAAUGCAGUAGCUGACUAGGGGUGUCUGAGGAUAUAACACAGAUAUUGCUUUGGUAGAGCAUCUGUGCAGUUUAGCCCAAAAUUGUAUGCAGAGCUGGUGAAAAGCUUGUAGGAGUGUAUCCUUUGUGGAGGACUGAUAAGUGAGUUCCUGGGUGGUAGCCAUCUUGCAAAUGAGGCCUCGUUCGGCAAACAAAACAGAGUAUCAAAGAUGCUUGGAAGAGGUAAGGUAAACCAUAUAAUUGGUACUGGGGUAACACUCACUGGUCCAGAGGUAGGAAAACAGGGCCCAAAUAAAAACUGCAAAUAAAGCUGGGGAUCGACCGCCUUCUCCACUUUGAUUACUUCCAGAGCAUCAGAUUUGUCCUGCGUUGCUGGUUAAAUUCAGGCAAAGAUUUGUAGGGUAUUCCUCAGGCUACUAGAGCAGGACAAAUUUGUCGCUGUAAAUCAAAAUAAAAUAUAAUUGGUACUGGGGUAACACUCACUGGUCCAGAGGUAGGAAAACAGGGCCCAAAUAAAAACUGCAAAUAAAGCUGGGGAUCGACCGCCUGCUCCACUUUGAUUACUUCCAGAGCAUCAGAUUUGUCCUGCGUUGCUGGUUAAAUUCAGGCAAAGAUUUGUAGGGUAUUCCUCAGGCUACUAGAGCAGGGCAAAUUUGUUGCUGUAAAUCAAAAUAAAUACUUAAAAUAGAUUCCUCAGGAGCUAUGUACUCUUGUGACUUGCUUGGUUGGCUGCGAGGCCCUGUUCCAAGUCAUAUAUUUUUAUAAAUUAUAUAUGUAUAUUUGAUAUUUUAAUAUUUUGAAAAUGUCAUGUUAACUCAUUUGAAAAACUUAGGGACACUAUAGGCAUCAAUUCGACUUUCGCUUAAGGAAGCAGUUUUGAUUAAAAGAUCAUACCCCUGCAGUUACACUGCUUAUUUCUAUACCAUUUAGGAGCUAAAAUCUUGUUUAUGGAGCACUAGCCACAACCCCUAUGGCUUUGGCUAACCACCAGCAUGAAAAAAGGUUUCAUUUUCAAUCAGAUGUAAACACACUUUAGAAGUUUUUUAAUCUUCUGCUCUGUAAAUUGAACUUUACACAGGAGGAUUCUUUAGUGUCUAGAAGGCUAUUAACAGAGCAGGAGAUAAGAAAUUGUUGACUUAACAGAAUCUGCGAUUAAGAAAGUUUAAACCUUAUCUCUCUCUUUACAAGAAGUGUUUAAGAAGGCUGUGCAAGUCAUAUGCAGGGAGGUGUGGUUAGGACUGUAUAAACAAAGUGAUGACAGAUAACUGAGCAAUGUAACAGUAGGGUUUAUUACGCUAAAUUAAUAUAAAGUUUAUUUUGUGCCUAUAGUGUCUCUUGAGUCCCUUAACACCGUUACAGUGUACUAUGCCGUCCUGAAAAAGGAUGACUUUAACAUCGAAUAUAGUACCAUAGUACGCUGUAACGGUCUGCAGCCCCCCUCGCACCCCCCCAGCCUGGCAUACUUAACUUGUCUGGCGAUCGCUAUCAGGCAGUCCCCCUGUAGCCAGUCCGGCCCUUCCAGGCCAUGUGAUUGUUAUGACAUCUGAACCAGUUAAAUUUGUCUGAGCUCUUCUAUUUAAUUACUGCACAUAUUACACAAAUAUAGCUGAGUCUUUUAAAUCCUUUUCAAUACCUGCUUGCCUCUUUUAGCCUAUGACUCAAAAAUUUUGUUUUGUAUUAAUUUUACUACAUUUUUUCAUGUUUAGAGCAAUCUCUUACUAUACAAUAAUGUUUUAAAUGUUUUUACUUUAUUUGUGGUUUAUUACAGGACUGGAUAUACACACAGCUUUGUGAAACAUCCACACCACUGCAUCAGCAGUUAUUACCUCUUAUUGAUGUUUACAUAAACUCUAUCAUUACCCCUGCCACAAAGUCCAGUCCAGAAGCGACCAACAAGCCUAUCACAGAACAGGAAGUAUUAAAGGUGUUCCAACCGGUAGGGGAGAGUUCCCGUUUUAAUCCGCGACACAAAAUCACAGCUCAGCUUUUGGUGCUGUAUUACGUCCUAUCGUAUGAGGAUGCCCUUUUAGCAAAUUCAAAGACGCUAGGUUGGUAAUCCUAGAAAAUAAUCUCACUAUUGCUCUCUUUCAUUCUUUUCCAUUUAAGAUGCAAAUUAAACCAUCGGAUGUGAAUGUGUGUAAUUUUUAUUUUCACUUCUUUAUAUAUUUUCCUCAUGUAUUUUUUGUUGUUGUUGUCAUUCUUUCUUUUAUUGAGGCAAUGGGGUGUAGGGUACAAAAAAUAAAGGAAGGGUGCAAUAGUAGAUAGGCACACCAUUACAUUUGCAGUAUUAUGUCAUGCACUCUUGAAAUGAAUAGCUUCUUAACUUUUUCUGGGGAAAACAAGCAAUACAGUCGCGUCCUAUUACAUACUAUAUUCGUGUUAUUAUUUAAGAUGAGUUGGUCGCAUGAGUAUUUGACCUGGUGAAUUGAACUUGCCAAAGGCUUAGGUAUCAGCGUUACCGCCCGAGUUGCAGUAUUGAGGGGGCAGUGCGCCCUUAGAUUAUGGUUUAGGACUUCUGUGUGGCAAUAGGGAAGAACCCAGUUAAUAUGUAGGGUGGAAUAUUGAGAUUUAUUAGAUAUCACUUCUCAGUAGUAGCUGAGAGGUAUCUAGCUUAUAGUGUCGUCCAACUUUGCAUGGUUAACUUACCUUAGUCAAGUUUAUGCAUUACGGGAAUGCGCUGGCUCUUCAUGGUAAUGCCCCUAACCAAGGGGGCCGCGAGGGAGUGCUUGUUGCCAAGCUCCUAUCUUAUAAAGCGGCACCAUCAUCCACGAGGCCUCUAAGGCUUUCAUUUCAACUCAAACCAACAGAACAAUAACGUGAUGAAUACAACGUUUAAAUGAUAAACUUUUAAUGCAGCCCACAGCAUCUCGAAGUAGUAUCCGCUUGCUUCCUAGUCAAGUUCCUAUUCACAUUGUCAGCUGUGAACGUGGGAUGAAGGGGACCAUGGUGGUUGGUUCCCAGCUGUGAGUGCCAUUUUUGACCUCCUUCUACCCUGUCUGGUGCAGGUAGUCCCAGUGCCCGAAACAGGGCUGGUGCUUUCUCCACCAGAGAUCUCGGCAUUGCCCAGCGAUAAGUGACACCAGCUGCUCUCAGUUGAGUAGUGAUAGAAUGGAGUGAUCGCCUCCAUUGCAAGGUGGACCUUGAGAGACCUUGGUAGAAUGUUAAUUCAGUGCCCUCAAACAGGUGGGGCGUUAUGUUGCGCAGAGCUGUCAGGAGAGCCUCGUAUUUAAAUUUUUAUAUUGCCGUGUUGCCUAGCCUUAUUAUAUUUGAUAUCAAUAUCCGAAUGCUGCCAUAUUGUUCUACCCUGUUUUUUGACGCCUUUUGUUUUCCCUUCUUUUCAAUUCUUUUGACUGAUGGAUUGUGAGUAAAGCUUAGCAACUGAAAUGGAGCUUUGCUUAAGCUUUUAUGUGAUUUGGUAUUUUUAAGAUUUGAAGGGUGUUCUUUGUGUGUUUGCUUAACUCUUCUUCUGUAAAACUAUAUACAUGCAUUUAGCAUAAUACUCAGAUGUUAUAUAUUUACAAAUGAAAAUAUGUGUUUCAUGUAAUGUUUGAAUAGGUUUACAGAUAUUCUGAAAGCAGCUGUGUCAAGAUACCAUUUUUAUUAAAUAUAUAUUUAGUCAUUUAUGUACAUACCUUUCUGAUGAGAGCAUUUAUGUUUAAAAAAUAGUAUUUUGUUCCCUUGUUUUGGCUAAGCCCAUGUGAGGAUAAUUUCACUAUGAAUGCUAGCCCUCUGCUUGCCAGACAUGAUAUGGCAAACAGAAAAUGUUUCCUAGCGGUCUAUUCACUAAACUGUCAAUUUGGUUGAAUUAACAAUACAAUUGCAACCUUAGGCCCAAAUAAUUGAAACUGCAGGAGCUGUCUCUUAAAUAAAAAACAAAAGUUUGCUUUUUCUAUCACAUACAGCAGCCAUGCAAAGAAAACCAAAAUCUUAUUCUUCAGCACUGAUGGACCAGAUUCCAAUAAAAUAUCUUAUUCGACAAGCACAUGGUCUACAGCAAGAACUGGGAGGUAUGUGUUUUGAUUCAUUCUUUAAAAUAUGUUUUAUGCAUCUAUGUAUAUCAAAGUUUUAUGUAAUGAAUUGUUGCAAGCUGGCUUUAAUUUAAUAGCAUUUAACUAGUUUUACUCUAUUUUAAUAGUCUUUAAUGUUAGUCAGACUUCAGGGUUUGUGGAACAUAAAAUAGAAAUUCCAGUGCAGAACAUACAAGAUGAAGUAGGUAGGAUGUGAAAACAUUGGAGUAAGAAUGUGUCCCCUACACUUCUACCAUUUGAAACCACAAUGCAAGCACAUAUGUCCAAGAGACAGUGAUAUUUUAAAAGGACACUUCAACCACAUAACAACAUUCAUUUGGUGAAGUCCCAUGUGCCCCCUUGCCUUAAAUUUAAAGUUAAAUUGUUUUGAAAUGGUUUAACGCCCACAUGUCCACUCACAAUGCCAUCUAUGUCCUGUAUUUAGCCGCUUUGAUAAAAGAGAAGGAUUGGCUGGGUGUGUCAGCCUCUCAUUGUGAGUAAAAAUAUGUAACGUUUAGCCAACAUUGGAUAGAUAAAUGUUAGAAUUGUAAGAAUGUAGGCCUCUUCAAUUGUUGGUGAUAUUUAAAUGGAAAUAUGCUUUGUCAGUUCUGAAAUUUAUAUAUUUUGUUUUUGAAGGUUUACAACCACUUGCAAGGCAUAUGUUCAUUGUUUAUUUUUUUAAUGAAGUUACGUUAUGUCUCUGCAAUUGGUGCUCUUCUGUAGCCUCAUAUUACACACAGUAUACUGGAUAAAGAGAAAGAUUGUGAAAUGUCAGCCGUAGGUGUUAUAUAGUCCAACCUGAACAACUGAUUGAUCAGGCAACAACACGUACACCUAUUCUUUCACUAAAGUGUGAAUUGUCUAAAAUUUGAAGAGAAUUUUCAAGUUUUAAAGCCAAAAUAGCAGAACUUAAAGUUGAAAAUCCACUUCGAAAUUUCACACUUAUUGCAAUGUAUGGCAUGGAAAGACAGGAAGCUGUAAGAGCAGGGUGCACAUUGUGGGAGUUAAGCUUCUGUGUCAUAUAUGAAUACAGUUUUUUUUUUUUAAAUAUCUGUUAGGGGUAAAGCAACGCAAGUGACCUUACUGUCUGUUUGUUUUUUGUGACUGCAUUAUAUAACAUAUUUGCAAAAGUUUAAUUUUAAUUCUAUCUGUUGUAUUAAAUAAGCAGAAACUCCGCUAUUGUCCUUUGCAGGUUUACAUUCUGCCUUGCUGCGUCUGCUUGCUACGAAUUACCCUCAUCUUUGCAUUGUGGAUGAUUGGAUCUGCGAAGAAGAGAUUACUGGAACUGAUGCUCUGUUAAGACGAAUGUUGCUGACCAGUUCUGCAAAAAGUCAUUCUCCUAAACAGCUCCAGGAAGGUAUGACAUUAAAACCAUCAGUGUUAUUUUUGAGGUGCUAGUGUAGAAAUCUUUCUAAUAAUUAAAAUACAAAACAGUAAACCCUGGUAAUACCAAAUCUCUGGAGUUUUCAUUCUCAGGGCAACAAUUAAAAGAUUUAAUACUUUUUAAUAUGAUUCAUUACAUAUAUUAAGAUUCUGUGUUACCAUUAUUAUGUAAAAGUGUUAAUGGAGGAAUGCAGCAUAUGUUGCAUUUAAAUAGGCUGAUAGUGGUGACUAUUUCUCUUUGUGAUCUGAUGAUUUGGUUGAACUGCUAGUUGUAGUAGGAGAUAAAGUGAUACUUGUAGGACAAGUAAAUGUCUAUUAAACUCCAAUAUGUUUAUAUGGAUUCCAGUAAUGAGUAUUAUGAAAUUGGCAAUCAUUAUCACUGCAAAUAACAUACAGUAUAUCUUAUAUGUUAGGAAAGCCACAAAUAAAGUGAAAUGGUGAAAGGAGUCCUUCCAGGUCAGAGAGGUGUACCGUUUAAUGUGUAGUUAGUGAAUAUUGCAUUGUAAAGCUCAGGGUACGUGAAACUAGAUUAUCAUUGAUAAAAUAAAUGUUUGGUAUGGUAUCCUGAGACAGUGAGGAGAGAAUCCGAUUAUACUGUUGAAUUAUCAAAGUGUAUGGAUAUUCAAGGUGUACACCGAAGCGGAGCAGACAAUGGAAUAUUGCUGCCUCUUUGGGCUCUAAAGAUAUCAGGUAGUCUGAAUUAUUUAUUGGAAGAGAAGACUUUGUGUUUAGUAAACUGAUCCAUUUGUGACUUUAUACAUCAGUUUAUAUUUUUAAAGAAGAAUAACCGUGUAUUCUUACUUUUUCCGUUUUUGCUGUUCAAGCUUUCUCAUUGCUACAGUGCAACCACACCCAAGUAAUGCAAAUCCUGGAACACCUAACCUUGCUUAGUGCCAGUGCUCUCAUCCCUUAUGCUGAGGUGCUCACUGCUAACAUGAGCCAGCUCCUGAAUGUUGGUGUCCCACGAAGGAUCCUUCAAACUAUCAACAAGCUCUGGAUGACAUUGAAUACUGUAAUGCCUAGAAGGUAAUGGAAUUGGUUCAAGACCCAUUCUCCAUGAUGAAAUCUAAGGAAUAUUCAAUUUAAUUCUUAGUCCAAACAAAGUUGUCGUCUUCUUAUUUUAUUUUUUUCAUAUUAAUAGUGUGUGUAUAUUAUGUUUGAAUACAUACUAUACACAUUGGUGCUCUCAGUAACUGUUACAUUACUAGAAUAAUAUAGAAUGAAAAAGCAGAGUCCGACAUAAUGUUGGUUCUCAUGUGUGAACUUUUUAUGUUUGCAUGUUUCCAAAUUAUUUUAGCAGUUCUCCUCCUCACAGAUGUAUAAUUAUCUAGUAGUAGUCAACAAUAUUUGACAGAAUUUCACCAUUAAUACUGUGUUGUCUGCCAGUUUUUUUUUAACUGAGUGCAAUACUGCUGCUUUGUGCAGCUAGGUUAGUUUGUUGUCUGCUAAAAGCAACAUGUUAUCUAAUGGGUGCUGCAUGUAAUGUGGGUGUAGACAUGUAUUUUGAAUGAUCAUUUUGUCAUUAUGCGUGCUGAAUAUGGUGUAAGUGCUGUGCUUACUCUAACAUAGAUUAGUUGGUUGUAGGUGUCGUAUUUUAUUAUUUCCCUUACAUGCACAGUAAUUUAGAAAUAUAUAUAUAAAUCUAACUAUGCUGUAUGAAUACGAGAAUAUAUAUGUUUAAGCAAGUAAACCAUAAUUAACUUUCCACUAGGUUGUGGGUGAUGACGGUGAAUGCAUUACAACCUCCAUUAAAGUUAGUUCGACAACACAAGUACACACAGAAUGAUUUGAUGAUUGACCCUCUCAUUGUACUACGAUGUGAUGCUAGAAUACAAAGGUUGGUAUUCCUGUACUUUCUUUUUGCUUUAAAAUUGUCCAGUUAUCUUGUAUAAACCACUCUGUAAUUUUUUAUGAAUAAUGGUGUUUUUUGUUUUCUGUUUAUCUCUAGGUGCCCCCCACUUAUUGAUAUCACUCUGCAUAUGCUGAAUGGGUAUCUUUUGGCAUCAAAGGCUUACUUGAACUCGUACCUCAAAGAGACAGCAGAUCAGGAUAUUAAACCAUCACCGAAUAAUGCAGUAGGCCUGGCAGGACAGUCAGAGACUAUGGAAGUUACUAGAGAAGAACUGAAAAAUGCAUUGCUUGCUGCUCAGGUAUAUAUUCUGAAAAUACAUUUUCAUAACUGUUUUCUAAAUGCUGGGAUGUCAUUUUACAGAGUAUUUUUUUCUCUUCUGGUUGCUUUAAUAUGGGUGUAUAGGUAACAUAUUUUCAAUAACUUACCCUUUUGGUGUAAGAGACUUGCAGUUUUAGUUUAAUGUAUGGUUAAAGUCAUUAUCAUUGAAGGAUCUAAUUGAGAUCGUUCCCUGCAUCUCUUCCUGAAAUUUAGAGGAAGUUGUUUCAGACGGCUCUCUAUCAAGUAAUGUGCCCAAUGUGGAAUGCUGUUCACUAAAUUGUCCAAUGUUCAGCAACAGACAUAACUCUUAGACUAGAAAGAGGUUUGACCAGCCAGGAGUUUCUCACUCUAAUCUGUGGGAUCUCAGGUCAGGAAUGGAGCUGCUGAAUAAGCUAGCAAUAAUUUUGCUGUUCUCAUGCCAGUCCCAUCCCAGUUAGUUUUGUGAGUAGCUUUACACACCGUAUUCUAAUAAGGCUGUGAACUGCACAUGUGCACAGAUUGUUUUGCAGCACCAUCUGUCAUAUUAAGUACACACAAAUAUUGUGUGAUUUUUUUUUUUAUUUUUUUUUAUUUUUUUGGAUUUUUGUUUGUACUUCUUAUUUGUAGUAGUCUACUCUAAAUUAAAUGGUGUAGAUGUUUUUGUAACAGGAGACCGAUACUGAUUUGGGAAUAUGCUUCCAUGCCUUUCUUUUAUAAUAGGAUAGUGCUGCUGUACAGAUAUUGCUGGAGAUAUGUCUUCCUACAGAAGAGGAGAAAAAACAAGACCCUACACUUUCCCAGCCAUUGGAAGAAGAAGAAAAUUUGUUGUGCAACCUUAGAGAGGUGCAGUGUCUUAUCUGUUGUUUGCUGCAUCAAAUGUUCAUUGCAGACCCCAACAUCGCUAAGCUGGUGCAUUUUCAGGUUAGUAGAGUUGUUAAUAUGCGCACUUUAAAUGAAAGAUUAUACCUAACUACAUGCAAUAUUUAUUUCAGCACAAACGUAAUUUUAUGCUUAUUCUAGCAUAAGACUAUAGGGACACUAUAGUCACCAGAACAACUACAGCUUAAUGUAGUUGUUCUGGUGAGUAUAAUAGCUCCCUUCAGGCAUUUUCAUGUAAACACUGCCUUUUCAGAGAAAAGUCCGUGUUUACAUUGCCCCUGGCUCAGGGCUGGGCAGUAAGCCCUGCCGUUUAGCGUCCCUACGCUCUGCUGAAUUUUCCUCAUAGAGAUGCAUUGAUUCAGUGCUUCUAUAUGAGGAGGUGCUGAUUGGCCAAAACAGCAUUUGGCCCCGCCCCCUUGCCAAUUUUAGCCAAUUCAAUGCUUUUCCCAUUGGAGAACAUUGGAUUGGCUACAAAUCGUCAAAUUUGAUGAUGUCAUCAAGUGGGCUGGGCCAGCAUCGGCAGACCCGUGGAGAGCUGAAAAUAAUGUGUGUUUUAACCCAUUCUGCGGGGGCUAAGGGGAGUGGCAAGUCACCUAAAUGGUUGGUUUUCACUAUAGGGUCAGGAAUACAUGUUUGUGUUCCUGGUCCUAUAGUGAGUCUUUAAUAUAAUUAUGUAAAAUCUGUACCUAUUCAUUUAAAGAGGAACUAUUACUUAUGUGGAAAUUACACUAUUGAAUAAAAAUACAAAAAUCACCCAUAACUUGCUUACCUUUUUUAUUUUAAAAUUGUUAAAGAUUUAGCAAAAGAUUUAUCUGAAAAGUGAUGCAAAAAUUGUAAAAGGGGAAGAGUCAUAAGUGAAAUGUACCUGCUUGAUUCACUGAUUUCCAUUGAGAUUGCCCCUAUUUUAGUAUCUAAGAUCAUUUUUUAGAACAGAGCACUUUGACGAAUCUCCUCUACUGUUUUAUUUCUCAACUCAACGCUAUAUUUUCUCUGUGGUAACUAGCAGAUGCAAGGGAUAGAGCUUACAAAAAAUCAUUGACAGAGACCUAAGAUGGAGGUGCAAUGUUGCAGGAUAAAUAGACAUGGAUUUCUACAUCUAUUUAUGUAUUUAUUAUGUCUAUACAUCACAAAUACAUGUUUGUUAAAUAUGAGGAUAAUUGUAUACAAUAUUAAAUGGGAAAUGUUUCCCAUUCCCUUUUUAAGGUAAAAUAGAAAUACCUUAAUAUCAAUAAAGGUUAUAUUAUCUACUUAUGGCCAUUGUUAUUUAAUGUUUUGUAUAUGUAAUGUUUUGUAUUACAGUUGAUUUAUAUAGAAUUCCUGACAAUAUAUACCUUAAAUAAACACUAUAGUGUUAGGAAUGUAAACCUGUAUUCCUAGCACUAGAGUGUCCCUGUCCCUAGUUGUAUAGAGGUCUUAAUAAUGCCCUUCCCCCAAUUUAACACAUUGCCCCCUCCUCCCACCACUCUAAUACACUGCCCACUACCUCACCCAAUAUAAUACAUUGCCCCCUCCCUCCCCCAAAUGAAUACAGUGCCUCCUCCCUCAAAUUAAUACACUGUCCGCCUCCCCUUCACCCCUCCCCACAAUUUAAAGAAUACUGUAGUGCCAGGAAUACAAAGCUGUAUUCCUGGCACUACCCAUCCCUCUGCCUCCCCUCCCCCAUUAUUUACUUACCUUAUCUUAGUGCCGAUAUCCCUCGGUGCUGGGUCUAAGCUCUGUCCCACGACGAGUGCGGCAAAUGCUGCGCGCGCUUUACACCUGCCCUUAGGAAAGCAUUGUAUCCGUGCUUUCCUAUGGGGAAAAUCUGAUGCUGAGGACGUCCAGCAUUAGAUAACGGACCAAAAGUCCAUUACGAUUCCGGAAGCGCCCCCCAGUGGCUGUCUGGUAGACAACCACUGAGGGCAGACUUUGUGCUGCAAUGUAAACAUUGCAGUUAUCUGGAACUGCAAUGUUUUUUACAUUGCAGCCCUACGUGCAAAAGGUACACAGCACCCAGACCACUUAAAUGAGCUGAAGUGGUCUGGCCUACAGUAAUACACUUGCCCCCUCCCACCUCCAAAUUAAUAGACUGCAUCCUCCCUCCUACAAAUUAACACACUGUUCCCUCCCUCCCUCAAAUUAUUACACUGGCCCCCUCCCUCCCUUAAAUUAAUACUUCCAUCUCCCUCCCUAAUUUAACACACUACACAGGAAAAUCCCCCAAGCCCCUCUUCUCCUACUUUAAAAUGAGCUGCCCAUCCUCCAGUUCCAGCCCUUUUUUUCUCUGCUCAAGCAGGCCUGACGCUCCUCUGGCACUGAGAUCGGAGAGGGAAGGUAGAGUGGCUGGCCUGCUCUGCAGACAGACAGACACUCUGUGCUAUUGUGGGAGGGAAGACAAGGAUCAGACAGGAAAGAUCUUUCCUGUCUUGUGGCUGCCACAGCACAAAGCAGACCAAUGGGUCGCAAAUUUUACAUGCCUGAUGUAGAAGUCUUCAAAUGCUGUGACCCAGGGUGAAUUUGUGUUGCUUUUUUAUUUAUUUUUUUACAUAUACCUCAUUUAACAAAGAAUCCAUUUCCUUGAUGGAUAAAUUAAUUUAUGUUCAAGAAUUGUGUUGAGGUGGCAACUGUCCUUUAAUAAAAUAAAGGUUUUACUCACCUGUUUCCAUCACAGAGACUCUCUUGGAGCUGCUCACCUCUUUACUUCCAGCAACUUCCAACAUUCUUGAGGAACAUCAGUUUCUCUGGUGAUGGCCCAAUCCAAUGCUCCUCACAGAGGAAUAUUGGGAAUGUGAUGUGCUAGUGCCAUACAUGCAUCCAAUGCUUCUCAUAGAAAGCAUUAAAUCAAGUGCUUUUCUAUUAGGUGUUGCAUCACAUGACCAAGUUUUACUCACUCAAUGAAGUGAGGUAAACACUGCCUUUUCUUAAAAAUGGCAAAGUUUUACCUUGAAGGAUUAAAGUGACAGGACCACUCCAUCAUUCAUUGAGAUAAAGUAGUCUGGGUGACUUUAGUGGUCCUUUAAUAAAUAACUCUGAGAAGUAAUGGUGUUUAGCAAUAAAUGUCUAUAUAUUUUAUUUUAUAUAUAUAUAUAUAUUUUUAUUUUUAUUUUUUUAUGGUCACAGGGAUAUCCAUGUCAACUAUUGCCACUCACAGUUGCUGGAAUACCAUCAAUGCACAUAUGUUUGGAUUUUAUUCCAGAACUCAUAGCUCAGCCUGAACUGGAGAAGCAGGUAAUUUCCUUCCUAUUCGUUAGAAAACAUUAGAGGGACACUAUAGUCGCCAAAACAACUAAAGCUUAACAAAGCUGUUUUGGUGUAUAGAUCAUGCCCCUGCAGGCUUACUGCUUAAUUCUCUGCCAUUUAGGAGUUAAAUCACUUUUGUUUCUGUCCAUGAAGCCCUAGCCACACCUCCUCUGGUUGUGAAUGACACAGUCUGCAUGAAAACAAAAUGGUUUCAUUUUCAAUCAGAUUUAACUUACUUUAAACGUUUUCAUCUCCUGCUCUGCAAAUUGAACUUUAAUUACAUACAGGAAGCUCCUGCAGCGUCUAGCAAGCUAUUAACAGAGCAGAAGAUAAGAAAUACUAAAUUAAACAGAAUUUGCGGUAAAGGAAGUGUAAACAUUAGAUGACUCUUUACAGGAAGUGAUUCGGAAGGAUGUGUAAGUCACAUGCAGGGAGGUGUUACUAGGGCUGCAUAAACAAAGUUUAUGCUUUAACUCCUAAAUGGCAGAGAAUUGAGCAGUGAGACUGCAUGAUCUAUACUUCAUUAUUAAGCUCAAGUUGUUUUGGUGACUAUAGUGUCCCUUUAAGUUAGUAAUGCAAUAUUUUCCAUACGUCUGUUUGCAAGAACCUCUUUUACUGUUGUUUCUGUGUGAUUUAUCUUCUUUGUGCAAUUGUUGUCUUUACAGAUAUUUGCUAUUCAACUUCUCUCGUAUUUGUGCAUCCAGUAUGCCUUGCCAAAAUCUCUUAGCAUGGCUCGCCUUGCAAUUAAUGUAAUGGGAACACUGCUCACAGGUACAAUUUCCAUUAUCAAACACUGUAUAUUCCAGAUAAAUGAUGUACUUAUAACAAGACGAACCAAGAAGCACAUACAUGAAUGUAGGUGAGAGCACACACAUAAAUCGGUGUUCUGUUUCCACUUCAGGCUUCUGUACACAUAAAAUCCAUGGCUAGAUAUCUGUAAUAAAAUAAAGAAUACAGAUCAUAGCGUAAAAUGUAACCGAAUAUACAAUCUUUAAAAAAACCAAUUGGUCAAACUCACAUGGUGCUGAGCCUAUUAUUAGCAGGCUCAGACUUUCAGGCUCUUCAGUAUAUGUGACCUUCCGAAUUCUGCUUACACGUCGUCUUAGAGGCUGUCAUCCUUAACUGGAACAAACCGAAAUCAAAAACUUUCAUUUACAUUGACAGAGGCCUUGAAAGUGGUUUAUUGCCUGUAGGACCCGAUGUGAACUUUUGUGACUCCUGUACAGGGCCGGUUUGAGCCGCCCAUCUUUCAAGCUGGAAUAAUUAUUUAGCGCGUGCCUCCGGCCAUGUUAUCGGGUUCUAGAGAGCACUUACAUGGCUGCUGACGAGCGCCUGGUAGAACACCGGCAUCCACCUCAGUCUGCAAAGCUAGGGGCUCCCACCCCCCAACAUCUACAGCGGUGGCAGUGCAAGGGCACAUUAUUUGCUCACUCCUGCCCCUUGCCCUAUACGUGGGGACAAGUGGGCGGAAGGAUAGCAGGAAGAGAGUCUCAGACUGGAAGACUGAAGCGCCACCAGGCACAGAAAUGUGCCUAAAACACACAAACUGAUAUGCAAAAUGAAGUUAAGAGGGUUAAUGGGUCCUUGCUGUCUGUGUUUCAGAGAAUGUGUGCUUGGAUCAGUGUGUGUCUGCUUGGAUCAGUGUAUUUCUGUCUGCAUGGGUUAGUGUGUGUCUUUAUGCGUGGGUGAGUGUGUGUUUGUCUACAUGGACCAGUGUUGGUGUGUGUUUCUGUAUACAGUCAGGUCCAUAAAUAUUGGGACAUCGACACAAUUCUAAUCUUUUUGGCUCUAAACACCCAACACAAUGGGUUUGAAAUGAAACAAACAAGAUGUGCUUUAACUGCAGACUUUCAGCUUUAAUUUGAGGGUAUUUACAUCCAAAUCAGGUGAACGGUGUAGGAAUUACAACAGUUUCUAUAUGUGCAACCCACUUUUUAAGGGACCAAAAGUAAUGGGACAGAUUAACAGUCAUAAAUCAAACUUUCACUUUUUAAUACAUGGUUGCAAAUCCUUUGCAGUCAAUUACAGCCUGAAGUCUGGAACGCAUAGACCUCACCAGACGCUGGGUUUCAUCCCUGGUGAUGCUCUGCCAGGCCUGUACUGCAACUGUCUUCAGUUCCUGCUUGUUCUUGGGGCAUUUUCCCAGUUUUGUCUUCAUCAAGUGAAAUGCAUGCUCAGUCGGAUUAAGGUCAGGUGAUUGACUUGGCCAUUUCCCUUAAAAAACUCUUUGGUUGCUUUUGCAGUAUGCUUCGGGUCAUUGUCCAUCUGCACUGUGAAGCGCCGUCCAAUGAGUUCUGAAGCAUUUGGCUGAAUAUGAGCAGAUAAUAUUGCCCGAAACACUUCAGAAUUCAUCCUGCUGCUUUUGUCAGCAGUCACAUCAUCAAUAAAUACAAGAGAACCAGUUCCAUUGGCAGCCAUACAUGCCCAAGCCAUGACACUACCACCACAAUGCUUCACUGAUGAGGUGGUAUGCUUUGGAUCAUGACAAGUUCCUUUCCUUCUCCAUACUCUGGUACAAGUUGAACUUGGUCUCAUCUGUCCAUAGGAUGUUGUUCCAGAACUGUGAAGGCUUUUUUAGAUGUUGUUUGGCAAACUCUAAUCUGGCCUUCCUGUUUUUGAGGCUCACCAAUGGUUUACAUCUUGUGGUGAACCCUCUGUAUUCACUCUGGUGAAGUCUUCUCUUGAUUGUUGACUUUGACACACAUACACCUACCUCCUGGAGAGUGUUCUUGAUCUGGCCAACUGUUGUGAAGGGUGUUUUCUUCACCAGGGAAAGAAUUCUUCGGUCAUCCACCACAAUUGUUUUCCGUGGUCUUCCGGGUCCUUUGGUGUUGCUGAGCUCACCGGUGCGUUCUUUCUUUUUAAGGAUGUUCCAAACAGUUGAUUUGGCCACACCUAAUGUUUUUGCUAUCUCUCUGAUGGGUUUGUUUUUUUCAGCCUAAAAAUGGCUUGCUUCACUGAUAGUGAUAGCUCUUUGGAUCUCAUAUUGAGAGUUGACCGCAACAGAUUUCAAAUGCAAAUAGCACACUUGAAAUGAACUCUGGACCUUUUAUCUGCUCCUUGUAAAUGGGAUAAUGAGGGAAUAACACACACCUGGCCAUGGAACAGCUCAGCAGCCAAUUGUCCCAUUACUUUUGGUCCCUUGAAAAGUGGGAGGCACAUAUAUAAACUGUUAUAAUUCCUACACCGUUCACCUGAUUUGGAUGUAAAUACCCUCAAAUUAAAGCUGAAAGUCUGCAGUUAAAGCACAUCUUGUUCAUUUCAUUUCAAAUGCAUUGUGGUGGUGUAUAGAGUCAAAAAUAUUAGAAUUGUGUUGAUGUCCCAAUAUUUAUGGACCUGACUGUAUGUGUUUGCCUGCAUGGGUCAGUGUGUGUGUUUCUGCAUGGGUCAGUGUGUGUUUCUGUUUCUGCAUGGGUCAGUGUGUGUUUCUGUUUCUGGAUGGGCCAGUGUGUGUGUGUGUGUGUGUGUGUGUGUCUGGAUGGGUCCGUGUGUGUGUGUAUGCAUUGGUCAGUGUGCAAUGUGUGUGUACAUCAGUCUACAGGGUCAGUGUGUGUGUGCAUCAGUCUGCAUGGGUCAGUGCAUUUGUGCCAGUUUGCAUGAUUCGGUGUUUGUCUGCUUGAGUGGGUGGAGUGACUGGGCAGCAAGCACAUUUUCUACUGGUCCUCCUCCUGUCAUAAAACAGAAUUAAUAUAUGGUUUGACCAGCUUAACUUUAAAUAACAAAUGUUUUCCAUGAUCAAAGGACAGGGAAAGGAUUAUUAUUUAUUUUUUAAAGAAUAGACCUAAAUGGGAUCUGGAUACUUUAAAUCUUUUUUCUUCACACAGGGACACAAAGUAGCCCACCAAUUAGUUUCUCUCCACUUUAAAACGCACAACAAAGUGGAGGGAGGCGGAUCGGAUUUGGUCUGCCUUGGCAAUAACAGCAUUAACCUCACGAUCACCACAACCUCUGUGAUCUGGUGUUAGUUUUAGUACAUGACGGAAAUUAUUUGAUUUUUUUUUUUCUUCUUAUUUUCUUAUCUUUUCAGUUCUUACACAAGCCAAACGUUAUGUAUUUUUUAUGCCAACGCUGCCUUGUUUGAUAUCCUUCUGCCAAGCUUUUCCUCCGUUAUACCAGGAUAUCAUGUCACUACUCAUUCAGAUUGGUCAAGUGUGUGCAUCAAAUGUAGCUACUCAGACGAGGGAUGUAGACCCAAUCAUUACACGUAAGUAGCGGUAUUUUAAAGUCUUUUUACACUCUCUCUCCAAAUAUUUUGUACUUGGAAGUAACCACAUUUGGCCAAGGUUAUAAAAUCAGAUGGUAAGUAAAAUAUUGUAUGUAAUUUCCUUUUUAAAUUUUACAAAUGAUUUUUUUUGCAAUCAAAAUAGGUCUCCAGCAGCUGAAAGAGAAGCCCAAGGAAUGGACUGAUACUUACAAACUUUCAUUGUUGCCAGUUGUUGCUGUAAAGGACACAGACAGUUUGGAUCCAGAUGUGCAGCUAUGCCAACGUAUUGAAAGCACUAUAAUUGAAAUAAUUAACAUGAGCGUUACAGGAGUUUAAAGAAUAGCUAUUUAUUUCAUCCUUUAUCCUGGAUAAGCAUUAGAUUAACUGAACAAGAACAGUACAGAGGAUUGUGCCUUAGUGAACUUUGCAAUCUUUUUAUUUUAAUAAACAGCCGUGCUAUAGCUAUGCCUUGAACUAGCUGCAGGUGGCGAUAAAAGCUUCUUUUUUUUUUUUGUUGAGAAUUUUGACUACUGAAUCUCAAUGCAAUCUACAGGAUUUCAUACCAAACAGGAAAAAGAGGACUGAGCGAAUCUUGGCGAUUGAAAUGUGCUGUGUUUAAUUGACCUCACCUAUUGCACACAUUUUGCUACAUUUAGAAGUAACAAGUACUGCAUAUUUAUUUGAAUCAAAAUAUUAUUGUGCAUAAUAUUAUUUUGAAAAAGCUAGUAUACUGGCACUGCCGAUUCCCAAACAUUAAGAAAAGGAUCACGUAUCAGAGUUCCAUAUAAGAAUAUGACACCCUUUAGGAAUACUAAAUGUCAGCAUUCCUAUGGUGUUCCAAGUAACCAGGUGUAUAUUACAAGCAAUGGCUGUGAUGCCUUUUCAAACCAUAGAAGUGUAAAAUAAACAAAAAAGUUAAGUGAAUCUUACUUUUCUAUCAACAGUGCUGUAUUUACAACAGUGAAGGAUUGUUAAAUUUAAUGUGUUAUUGUAAACUAUGUAAAUAUGGAUUGGAUUGUAAACAUGAUUUUUUUUGUAGUUUGGUUUGUAUGUUUCUUACUGCUGGGCUUUUGCCAACUUCCUCCAUCCACAAAAUUAUUUAAUGUGUACAAUUGUUCUAAAAUAUAAAUUUUAUACAGUUUUUUUUGG